CCUUCUCUGCCGUCCCACCAUGACUUCCGACCAAUACUACGGUUUCUCAAGCCGCAGCGUCCUUUGCUUGGGCGACCCAGUGCUCUUCUGGCGUAAUGAACUCCAAAAAGGGAUUGCUCAUCAGGGAACCAGAAGUAAUCGGAUUUGUGGGGCCAGCAGAUCUGUUCCUGAGUCCCAUCCUUUUUCCAGCCGGUAUCAAGAAUCUGAACUGAAGGUAUUUUGCUCUAAAAACAUACUGAGCAUCCUUGGUUUCUCCUGCAUCAUCGCUGUGAUAGCGUUGCUCGCUCUGGGGCUGACCCAGAACAAAGCACUGCCAGAAAAUGUUAAGUUUGGGAUUGUGCUGGAUGCGGGCUCCUCUCACACGAGUUUGUACAUCUAUAGAUGGCCGGCAGAGAAGGAGAAUGACACGGGGGUGGUGACUCAGAUAGAAGAAUGCAAGCUGAAAGGUCCUGGAAUCUCAAGCUUUGCUAAAAAAUUAAAUGAAAUUCAUGUCUAUAUGACUGCAUGCAUGGAAAGAGCCAGGAAAGUGAUUCCAUCAAUCCAGCACACAGAAACACCUGUUUACCUGGGAGCCACGGCCGGCAUGCGGUUGCUCAGGAUGGAAAAUAAACAGAUGGCAGACAAGAUCCUGACUGUGGUUGCAAGCAGCAUCAGCAAGUACCCCUUUGACUUCCAAGGUGCCAGAAUCAUCAGUGGCCAGGAGGAAGGUGCCUAUGGCUGGAUUACUGUCAACUAUUUGCUGGGCAAAUUCACUCAGAAAUUGAGUUGGUUUAACUUGAAGCCAAGCAAAGACGAUACUCAGGAAACCUAUGGAGCUUUAGACCUUGGGGGAGCCUCUACACAAAUCACUUUUGUGCCCCGAAAUGAAACGACUGAGUCUCCAGACAACAACCUGUACUUUCGCCUCUAUGGCAAGAACUACAAUGUAUACACACACAGCUUCCUGUGCUAUGGGAAAGACCAAGCACUUUUUCAGAAACUGGCCCUGGGACUUCAGGGUACAAAUGGAAUCAUCCGUGAGCCAUGCUUUCACUCCGGAUACAGAAGGAAAGUAAAGAUGAGUGUCUUCAACGAAGGUUUCUGUACCAAGAGAUAUGAGUUGAAUUCUUCAUUUUAUCCACUCUUUGACGUUGACAUCCAUGGCACUGGACGCUUCCAACAAUGUCAGCAAAGCAUCAUUCAACUCUUUAACACCAGUUAUUGCCCUUACUCCAGUUGCUCCUUCAAUGGGGUUUUCUUACCGCCACUCCAAGGGCAGUUUGGGGCAUUUUCAGCUUUUUACUAUGUGAUGGAGUUUUUCAACUUUACAUCACAGGAAUCAACAUCUGUGGAAAAGUUGACUGAGAAGUUGGAAGAGUUCUGCGCUCAGCGUUGGGAAGAGGUGGAGAAGAAUUUUGAUGAUGUGAAGGAGAAAUACCUGAGUGAAUACUGCUUUUCUGGCACCUACAUCCUAGUUCUCCUCCUGAAUGGCUACCAUUUUACAGCUGAGUCCUGGAAAAAUAUUCACUUCAUGAACAAGGUCCGGAGCACCAGCGUUGGGUGGACUUUGGGCUACAUGCUGAACCUGACCAACAAGAUUCCAGCUGAGCAGCCAUUGUCCGCACCCCUCCCCCACUCCACCUAUGUCUUCCUCAUGGUCCUCUUCUCCCUGAUCCUGCUCGCAGUGAUCAUCGUAGGCAUAGUUGUCUUUCACAAGCCUUCGUAUCUCUGGAAAGACGUGGUAUAGCAGGAGCAGCUGAAAUCUUCUGGCUGGAGUGAGAAAAUUUGCCCAGGAAGCACUUUCCUCCGCAGUGGUGCACAAGGUCACCACUCUUGCUCACCAAGGCCAGUCUUGACCAGCAUGAGGCUUCUUUGGCUUUUGCUAAAGCCUCUCCGUGGGAGGUAUUCACCACCCUCUGCUUCAAGGACUUCCUGGCAGACACUGUCUUUUCUGUGAGUCUUUCCAAACUUCCCCCCUUUCUCUUUUGUACUCUCUGUUUGUGUGGGUCUUAAAGAUCUGCCUCCUUUCAUGAUCAUUGCUUUAUAAAAGAACAAUAUUGACUUUGCCCAAAAGAACUGAGAAUCUUGAGUCCUGUGCUGGGAAGCUGCCCUGGCUAAAAGAAGAAUCUUGGGAACUAAUUUAGUUGUGAUCUUACAGACCUGUUUCCCAUUUAUUAAGAAAGCCGUACAAUGCCUUUGGAGAAGACAGACACACGCCCAAGCCCAGCCUGCCCUUUCCAUGGGAAAAUUUUCUAGACUAAGCAAAUGCGUGCUAGGGCAAAAGAGUCUUGCAAAGGAAUUUCUGUGCUUAUGCAGUAAUAGUUAAUCCAAGCCAAAAGAGGGUUUUUGCCUAAGUCACAUAUUCCUGGGUGAUGCCAAAAAUGAUACAGAGUGGGACACCCAUACCAGAGAUUAUUUUAAAAGCUGCUGUACAUAUAUAUAUAUAGGCAUUCAGAUAUCAGGGCAUAUUAUUUAGUUAGGUGUACACAUGUCAGGAAGAAAAAUACAGUGGCAACAUAAGGUUGGAAAAAUGCGUCCUCCAAAACAUCUCCUGGGGUUGGUUUUCAUUGUGGUAAAAGGCAUAGAACCUAAAAUUCACCAUUAUAACAUAAACAGUGUAGUGGCACUUAGUACAUUCACAAUGCUGUGCGACUGUCAUACUAUCCAAUUCCAGAAUAUUUUCAUCACCAAGAAAUUGGCCGGUGUAAGAUCAUCCUGAGGUAGACAUGAACCAUCAACCUUUCCAUUUUGCUAAACAUGCUAACCACUUGCACCACAAAGAUGCUCCCUGAGAUGCUCACUAAAGCCAUGCGAUAUCUUCCUGUCCCAGGAUCUAAUUUAGUGAGGGAACUUCAUGAGUGAGAGUGGCAUGCCUUUUUGGUGUCAUGGUAUUUACACAACAAAGUGUGCCAGGAACCACAUCUACAAGUAUUACUGCUGGUUCUAGGUACUUUUCCUUUAAGCAUCUUUGCCACAAGCACUUGUGGCCACACUGUCGCUGUAGUAAUUGGCUUGGAAGCAAUUUUGCCAUAAAAUAUAAAAUAAUGGAAAAUAAAAGAGGGGCAAUUAAAGGACACAAGGAAAUGAAUAAUGAAAUUCAAGACACUAUGAAAUAUAAAAUGUUUGCGUACAUUUCAAAUGUGUGUAGAUUCAUGGCAGUACUGUACAAAUAGCUUAUUUUAUUUUGCAGGUUGUACCUAAGCACUUGUCUUCCAAGUCUUUCAUUCAUAGCAUUUUAUACGGGGUUUAUUUUUUUGGCUCAUUGGUUUGUCUCCUCAUUCUGCAUCAUACUUUUUCUUGUUCACUAAAAUUUCUUCCUUCAUAAAGAGUGAUGUAAGUUUCCAAGUACUUAGAGGCAUCUUUGUAACUGAGCUUUGUGCUGUGCUGUGAAAGCUUCUACACAGCUGUUGUUUGCUCUUGGCAUACUGUUACGUGUCCGUUGACAAACAUUCCAAAGCCAUGUGGGAAACGUGGGUUUCCCUCUCCACCUUCUAGGACUGUGGCCUCUUUCUCCUCCAAAGUAGUGUUUCAAAAUAAGAAACCAACUCUUGGGACAAAUCAGUGUCAUGCCAGCUGAAUAAAGCCAUCGAUAAUGUUGCCAACUAGAAGAAAUGCUAACACAUUUUAACCAGUUGAAACCAAACUGUCAAACAAAAAACUCUCACCUCGGUUAUUUUAUCUUUCACGGAGAAUGUGCCUUAUAGGCAAUGAGUUAUUUGAUGAAAAUGUUUGCCGCAAAAACGCUUGUGGCAGAGGUGUCAAUGGCAAAGAUACUUAUGGUGAAGGUGCCUAGAACCCAUUUCAACAUGUAAUUAAUAUGUAAUUAAUGAGAUUUCUUAUUUUUUAAUAUUAAGUUUUUGAAAUUUGUUGUGUAUAUUACACUUAGAGCACAUCCUAAUCAGACUACAUUUUAAGUGCUCAAUAGCCAUGUGUGACUAGUGGCUACCAUAUUAAACAGCACAUAUCAAAAAGUACAUUCAAAGCUAAAAAACCCAGGCGAUGCACUUUGUCUUUCUUUGGUGGGGCGGACUUCUUUUAACAGCUAUAGAUGCUGUAACAUCCUUGCUAUUAUUUAUUAUAUAUGAAGUUUAACAUUAUCCUUAACAAGCUUUUCACAUCCCAGCUCAGAAUUUCACAUUAUUCCUCAGGUUUUGUUGUGUUUUUUUGUGACAAUAGAGAUGCCUGUCAUUCAGACCAAGAUGCUUGAUGAUUAACCCUAAACUUUAGAAAGUUUAAUCUGGAUUUAAAGAUAAUACAAGAUAAUUUGGAUGCUUAUAUUCUAUAGUCAAAGUGUAAAUUUGAAUAUUAAAGAUUAGUCUCUUAAGAGCUCACAAAGUUUACCAUAUAAUAGUAAAAUUACUAUUAAAAUAUAUCUUCAUGUAUUGUUGGUUUGAAAGAUGAGUUGAAUUUCACCAAAAUGGUUUCAUCCCUCUCUGAUUCAGAGUCUGAUAAUGGCUAUCUUGUUUGAACAUAACAAGUUGCUCACAAUUAGCCUGCACUAGCCAGGUAUUUCAGUUUGUACUAGUUUUUUCUUUAAUUUCUUAUAACGACCUCAAAAUUUCAGUGGCUUACCACAGUAAACAUUGAUUUUCAUGUUCAUGGGUCUCAAGUCAGCUAGUAUCUCUGUUUCCGGCAGUAGGUCAGGUUCAGGCCUGCUCCAUGUAUCUCCCACUCUUCUUGUCUGGUGGCUUCCUGAGCCAUGUUCUGAGUAGAAGGGACAUGAAAUGGACAGAAAAUGCAGGAUGCCUCUUCAGGUCUUGGCCCAGACUUGGCCCUGUCACUUCCAUUCACAUUCUACUGACCAAAAUAAGUCAUAUGACCACCCCCAACUUUACCAACUGAAGAAACACUGGGGAAAAUUGCAGAGUCAUAUGGCCAAGGACGUGAAUGACCAAUUGUUACAGAAAAUGCAUGAAACAGUGGGCACAAUGCUUCAGUCUACCACAGCUUCUCAUUACCUAAAAAGCAUGUUCUCCAUAAACUGAAACCUACUUAUCUUGCCAAAGAAUAUCCUUUAAAAAAUGUCAUUUCUUCCAAAACAUCACCAAUUCCAUCUUCUUUCCACAGCCUUAACCAGGAUGCUCUGGCACCUCCCACAUCAGUCUCACAUUCUCCAAAAUGACAGAUUAACUCAGAGACCUUCUAUUUAUUUUCCUUAUAUGUUUAAGACAGUGUAUAGUUAACUACUCAAGUUUUUAUUUGCACAAGAAUCUAAUACAACUGAACAUAAUUGGUUUAAUCACAAUAGUCUUUUAAUAGUUAUUUUAAUAUUUAUUUAAUUAUUUUAAAUUAAUUGGGAAAAGAAUGUCUCCAUAAACCUUCUUCUUUCAAAGUGGCAUUUAAGACUACAUGUUUUAAAAGUGUUGUUAUGCCUUUUGUAUUUCUCUAUUUUAAGUAAAUUAAUUUCUAAAUUUAUAUUGAUGAUAUAAUGAUGGAAUCACCCUCAACAGCACCUGAGUUGACUUUUUAUUUCUAUAUCCCUUUUGCACGAUGAGUAUCAGAGAACAUGGAUUAGUCAAUGAAAAGUGAGAUACAGUCUCCUAAGAAACAACGUCAUGUCUUAUAGCAAGGUUCUAAGAAGAGAGGGGAGGAAAGUCCUGUGAUAGGGAACAGUGUGUAUUUAGGAUGACUUAUCCUGAGCUCUACCUUUCCUCAUAAACUUGCUCCUCUUCCUGCAUUUUAUCAUGAUUAACACCACCACUUCCUUAAGGAACCAAGAUCAGAAUCAACUUUAUCAGUGUUGAAGUGACAGGGGCUUGUCCUGGCCAAGACCUGCCCAUUCUGCCUUUACAGCAUUUUUCAUUUUGAUUCCCCUUUCCAAUCUUGUGAUUACCACCCCAGUAGAAACCUGAUAUCAAGAACAAUGAUCUUGUCUGCAAUAUAUUACUUUUAGAUUAAUCAAUGUUUGCUAAGCAGUUUGGAGACAAUUAGUGUCCCAUGUCAUAUUAAUGCUUGUCCUGUGGGGGAAACAAGAGUUCUGUGCUCAAAUAAUUUGGGGGAAAUUCUGGGUUAAAUAAAAUUUAAUAAAUUAUUUUUUUUAA